AUGCCUGAUUCUUACUACUCUUUGCGAGAAAUUCUCUCUGUAGCGUCCAAACAUCCGUUUUACAAUCCUGAGAUUCGAUAUCCACCCGAUGCCGAAGAAAUAGCCGGGCUAAUCGAUCCUAUUGCGACAGCAGCUCCAGAGCUUACCAGGCUACCGCUUACACAUAAAGAAGAUCUAUAUACUGUAAUCCAGCGCCUCUCCGCGGAUGAUUGCCCGCAAAAUGACUUCCGACGAAGUGUUUACAGCAGCAUUACCGGCGGAGGAUCUGGAGGCGUGCCAAUGCUCUUCUUGACGGAUACAACCGAGAAUCGGAAGCACCGAUACACCGCUGGCAGAUUCCUAAAAACAUGCGGACUGGUAGACCCUCGGGAUUGGAUCUUGACAGUGCACGUUACAGGAGGCUUUUACCGGUCUCUUGAUCUCUUGUCGGAGAUGUUCGAAAAUGCAGGUGGAAGUGUUCUUGCAGCCGGACAUACAACUCCCGUUGCCAAUGUCGUUGACGCGCUCAUCAAAUACAGAGUGAACGUUCUUAGUGGAGGAAGUAGUCAGAUCUUGCAGAUCCUGAAUUAUAUUGCCUCAUCCGCGACCGAGGAACAGCGUAAUGCGCUGAAAAUCGACAAGAUAAUAUAUACCUCAGAAGCGCUCGGUCGACCCCAGCGGGAUUUCAUUCGGUCUGUUCUUGGUCCCCUGAAGAUCUGUUCUGUGCUAGGUAGUUCUGAGGCUGGACCCUGGGCAGUUGCCAAUUUGGCACUUACCGGCGAGCCAGAUGAUGAUGCAGUGGAGUUCAUCUAUGAUACGCGCACGAUGAUCAUCGAGAUCCUUCCUCUGGAAGCCACAGAAUCACCUAGAGGGUCUUCUGAGGAUUUGAUUGAGCUUCCAGAGGGAAGCGUGGGUGUUAUUGUUCAAACUUCCCUGCAGCGCUUGAGAAACCCGCUUGUACGCUAUAUAACUGGUGAUGUGGGAUCAAUUCACCCAUUGCCUGCCGCUGCAAAGGCCGCCAUACCUGUGAAAGAAUCUCAGCACCUGCGAAUGAUCCGGAUGCGGGGACGCGAUAAACGGUUCAGUUUCAAGUGGGUGGGGAGGUACUUCGAAUUCCGCACUAUCAGGGAGAUCAUGGGCACAGCAGAAUGGGGUGUGUUGCAGUGGCAGUUGAUCUUGAGUGUAAAAGAACCGUCUCCGGAGGUCAUCUUGGAGGUUCGUGUAUUGCGCUCCACCGUUGUGACGGCCAAUCAGAUAUCCGAGGCACAUUUGAUCGACAAGCUGAAAGCUCUCUUUGUUGUUGUGGCAAACAGCGAACACCUGUUCAAGGUGAAAUUUGUAGGACACGGUGACGAUUUUGUCCGCAGCUCGACGGGUAAUAAAGUGAUGAGCUUUGUGGAUAGGAGUGUCCCCAGUUAG